AAGGGUUGUUUUAUGAGGAAUGUUCAAGUAGUUCGAGUUUGUCGUCAUUGGAGUUUAGAAGAAUGAGAAGGAAUCAAUGAAACACAAGAUUCCGAAGGAGAUUGAAUGGGCGGAUGUGGAGAGAACAUUUAUCCUACUCGAAGAAAUCAAAAGUUACACGUACAGCUCACAGUGAUCAGAGAUAUUAAACGACAAUGGCAGUAACACGACAGAUCUCCACUGACGAACUGGAAGAACUUAAAGACGCAUUUUCAAAAAUUGAUAUUGACCAGUCUGGGUACAUUGAUGGCAGUGAACUCCAAAAUCUUUUUAAAGAAGCUAACCUACCUUUACCAGGCUUCAAAAUCCGUGAAAUAAAAGAAAAGUUUGCAGAAUCUGGAAAUCAGAAAGACAAAAUUAGUUUUGAAGACUUUCUUGAUCUUUUCUCUGGUUUGAAGAGCGAUGAAGUUGCCAAAACAUUCCGAAAGCAAAUCUUCAAGAAGGAGGGAAUCUGUGCAGUUCACGGAACUGAAAAGUCCAGUGAAGGAACUCAGCACUCAUAUUCAGAGGAAGAACGAUUUGCUUUCGUUAAUUGGAUCAAUAAGGCUUUGGAAAAGGAUCCAGAUUGUCAACAACUCAUUCCUAUGGAUGCCAACAGUGACACUGAACUUUUUGCUGCUGUUGGGAAUGGCAUUAUCCUAUGUAAAAUGAUCAAUCUCUCGGUGCCUGAUACCAUUGACGAGAGGACAAUUAACAAAAAGAAGCUCACCCCUUUCACUAUACAGGAAAACUUAAAUCUGGCUCUGAAUUCUGCUUCAGCAAUUGGGUGCCAUGUAGUUAAUAUUGGUGCUGAGGAUCUAAAAGAAGGAAAGCCGUACCUAGUGUUGGGCCUUCUGUGGCAGGUCAUUAAAAUCGGUCUUUUUGCAGACAUUGAAUUGAGCCGAAAUGAAGCACUGAUUGCACUGCUCCGUGAAGGUGAAAAUCUGGAGGACCUGAUGAAACUAUCCCCGGAGGAGCUGCUAUUACGAUGGGCCAACUACCACCUGGAAGGUGCCGGUUGCCAAAAAGUUAACAACUUCAGCAGUGAUAUUAAGGAUUCAAAAGCUUAUUUCCACCUUCUCAAUCAAAUUGCACCAAAAGGAGAAGAAGAGGGAGAAGCACCGAUUCCGGUUGACAUGUCUGGUAUCAAUGAAAAUGAUGAUCUGAAACGUGCCGAGUCUAUGCUGCAACAAGCUGACAAACUUGGCUGCAGACAGUUUGUCACACCAGCAGAUGUCGUCCGUGGAAACCCCAAGUUAAACUUGGCAUUCGUCGCCAAUCUUUUCAACAAAUAUCCAGCUCUUCGAAAGCCUGAGAAUCAGGACAUAGACUGGAGCCUCCUGGAAGGUGAAACAAGAGAGGAAAGGACUUUCAGAAACUGGAUGAACUCACUUGGUGUGACUCCUCGUGUGAACCAUUUGUACAGUGACCUGGAUGAUGCCUUAGUGAUUCUGCAGCUCUAUGAAAAGAUCAAGGUUCCUGUGGAUUGGAGUCGCGUGAAUAAGCCACCGUAUCCUAAACUGGGUGCCAACAUGAAGAAAUUGGAAAACUGUAAUUACGCAGUUCAAUUGGGAAAGGACAAAGCCAAGUUUUCACUUGUUGGCAUCGCAGGUCAGGACCUGAAUGAAGGCAAACACAUGCUAACCUUAGCUCUCUUGUGGCAAUUAAUGAGGAGGUAUACCUUGAACAUGCUGGAGGAGAUUGGUGAUGGUGAAAUGGUUAAUGAUGAUAUCAUUGUAAAAUGGGUGAAUCAGACUUUAGCAAACGCAGAAAAGAGCUCCACGAUUUCUAGCUUUAAGGAUAAAGAAAUUAGCACAAGUAUACCAGUACUCGAUUUGAUCGAUGCCAUUCAACCUGCAUCAAUUCGAUACGAUCUUGUGAAGACUGGAGACCUGACUGAUGAAGAGAAGCUUCAAAAUGCUAAGUAUGCCAUUUCAAUGGCAAGAAAGAUUGGAACGCGAGUUUACGCUCUUCCAGAAGAUCUAGUUGAAGUAAAACCAAAAAUGGUUAUGACUGUCUUCGCAUGUCUGAUGGGAAAAGGAAUGAAGAAAGCCUGAAGAAUUUGAGCCAAGUUAUAUUAUUUUCUCACAUAUUCCUACGCUGGAUGCAAUUUUUAAAUGCAGGACUUUGCUCAGAAAUUUAUUUUAUCUGGCUUUGCUAUUGCAGAAUAAAAUGAUAGAUGAAAAAUCCAAUUUCCCCAAGUAAUAUAUAAAAAUCUAAGGGCUUUCUAGAACACAGACGAAACCACAUUAAAAACUGCAAUGCGUACAUAUAAACCAAAGAGUUUGGACAAAAUAAAAAGCUUUUCCCAAAGCAGAAGCCAUUUAUCAUUUACAAAUGCAAUGAAAUAGUAUUUGGAGGGUUAAUUAUCGGGACCUAUAUAGUUGUCCUAGUGGUAUUUCCUUUACAUCCACACAGUGGCAUAGUCAAAUAAUGGAUUUUUACUGUCAAGAACAGUUGAUUUACAUUUUUUUAAAUCCCAAUCACAUUGUUAAUUCUGAGAUAACUUUCUCUAUCUUUUUAAUGAACAAUUAAUGUGCAAAUGCAGCAAGCUCAUUGUAAUUGGCAAGAUGUUCCGUGCAAGAUGCUGCUUUCCUGAGUCUAAUGGCAAACCAGUGUAAAUCAGUUACAUUGUGGUAAUUUAUAACUUCUGAGCUCUAUCUUCCCCACUGCAAGCUGCCGAUAGUUUUGUGCAAAAAAAAAAAAGAUACCUGGUGCCCAUUAAGACAUUUUUUCAACUAAAUUGAGAAGAGUAUAUAAUCAAGUCAAUGAAAUCUCACAUCAUAAGUUGCUACAAGAUAUAAUUAAUGCUUCUAAAUAAUUACUGGUAAUAGCCCUCAAAAAUAAGCUUGCCUGGAUGCUUACAGGAUGUUUAUUUUGUCAUUCCUUCUUAGAAUUAUUAAAAUGAUUGAUCAUUUGCAAGUUGAACUAUCUAAUGGAUGCCUCAAUAAACGGUCUCAUUUAUUGAAAGGAUUCAAUGAUGAAGACCAAAAUUACCAA